GUGCGCUUCCUUGUCAAGAUGGCGGCUCCCUUGACUCUGCUUCUGAUCGUAGCCGUCACAAUCCGCGCGGCUCUCUACAGAUCCAGUUUAGCGGAGCUGAUCGCAGAGAGGGUGGAGGUUGUGUCUCCGAUCACCGCCUGGAAGAGAGUUAUUGAAGGUUUAGCUCUGCUUGAUCUGGGAGUUUCACCAUAUUCUGGGGAUGUUUUCCACGAGACGCCUCUCAUUAUUUACCUCUUUCACUUCUUGGUGGAUUAUGCAGAAAUCACGUUUAUGCUGGCGGACGUGAUCACAGCCGUUGCUCUUUACAUGGCAGUGAAGCACUACAACAAGCAAGUGUUCAGAAAGCAGAAGUUUGCCCUGGAGGCGAAUCGCUAUCCUGCCGACUGUCUGGAGCUCAUCAGGAGCCCCACAGAAAUGUUCUACAUCCCCCUGAAAGUAGCCAUGUUUUACCUUUUGAACCCGUUCACCAUCUUGUCCUGCGUUGCCAAGUCCACCUGCGGCCUGAACAACGCCGUCCUCUCCCUCUUUCUCCUCUCAACGAUUAAAGGAAACAUGCUGCUGAGUGCCAUCUUCCUGUGUCUGGCCACGUAUCAGUCCAUCUACCCGCUCACGCUGUGCGCUCCAGCCAUGCUGUAUCUGAUGCAGCACCAGUACGUCCCGGUGAACCCGCGGCGCGCCAGCUUCUGGUGGUUGGUGGUGCAGUAUCUCUUCAUGUACCUCGGCAGUUUGUUUGUCAUCGUCUGUCUGUCCUUCUUCCUGCUGGGAUCCUGGGACUACCUGCCCUCCGUCUACGGCUUCAUUCUUUCGGUUCCUGACCUGACCCCCAACAUCGGCCUCUUCUGGUACUUCUUUGCUGAGAUGUUUGAGCAUUUCCGCCUCUUCUUCCUCUGCGUCUUCCAGAUCAACGUUUUCUUCUACACCAUCCCUCUCUGCAUCAAACUCAAGGAUCACCCGGUGUUUCUGAUGUUCAUGCAGUUAGCUGUGAUCUCCAUCUUCAAGUCUUACCCCACUGUGGGCGACACAGCCCUCUACCUGGCCUUCCUUCCUGCCUGGAGUCACCUGCAUCGAUUCUUGAGGAACAUCUUCCUGGUGUCCUGCGUCCUGCUGGCCUGCUCUGCUUUGUUUCCAGUUUUGUGGCACCUCUGGAUCUACGCAGGAAGCGCCAACUCCAACUUCUACUACGCCAUAACUCUGCUCUUCAACGUAGCGCAGAUCCUGCUGGUGUCGGAUUAUUUCUACGCCUUCGUGAGGAGGGAGCACCACCUCACCUAUGGGCUGUACCUGAAGAAGAAGGACGGCUCGGAGGCCACGCUGGUGCUGAAAUAAAACUUGAAGAAAUCGUUGAACAUCUCAAAGACUGAAAACAAGCUGAGGAGAGAGCGGAGAAAAGCUGCUCUGCUUCGUCAUGAUGGCACAAACUCGUACGUCCACGUUAGAGCAGCCAUGUUGAAUGUUUCUGACCGAGGCGGGAUGGAAACAUGGCUCCUCUGAACCAUCAGCUCAGGCCUUCACACCAGAUGUUCCUCCUCCUAACACUGACUCUUCAGGAGGGAGGAUCUGGACACAGUUUAUCCUCAGAUGAUCAUACGGAGAAAAUCACUCAUCUAUGGAAGGCUUUUAUUUUGAAGUUUUGCUCUUCUUUAAACAUUAAAGAUAUAGGGAAAUGACUGACUGUCCAAACAAUUAGUAAUUUCUCAUCUCACUGUUUUUUAUUUUCUUCCCUUUAUUUAAUAAUAAUUGUGUUAAAACUGGUUUAUUUGCAUUUAAAAAAAAGGAUUAUUUAAAAGUUAAUCUGGGAAGUUCCGAUCUUACUUUUCUUUCCUGUAUUAUUGGACCUGCAGAGUCGGAUCCUGAAUGAGGGUAUAUCUCUAAUUCUAGGCUUAAUUAGUGGUUUUCUCUAUUAUCGCUAAACAAAUCCACAUUUAUUGAUGGGAAAUGUUGUAACUAGUUAAAGGUUGAAGUUGCAUGUUUCACUUUUUCACCGUUUGCAGAGCUGCUACGACAUUUCCUCAACCACACUCCAAAAAACAGGUCCAAAAAUAAAUAGAAGCGUCCUAAAAUAAAGGUAUUUGAGCAGAUAAAUGUUAUGAUCUGCCAAUGGAAUAAGGAUUUUCAUCAAAAUAAGAUUUAUGAACUGGAAAGACAAUAAUAGAGUUGUUGUUUUUUUCUUGUUUUAAUCGUAAGUCAUCUUAUUCCUCUGGCAAAUUGUAUUACUGGCUCAAAAGAAAGGAAAUUCCUAUUUAUAUAAAAAAAAGAAAAAUGCUUAUUUAUUGUACAAUUUUGUAGUAUUAAACAAAAACU